AUGAACAAAAGCAUCGUAACAUCCGAUAGAGAAGACACCAUGGAAGAUGUGGACGAAGAAUCACCGCUUUUGACACCCCAGACAAAGCGAGAAGGGAGCACACAGUCCAAUAUCCACUCAAUCACUCCACUUCCUUGGAUGCAUAUUCGGUGUUAUCGAAUUCGUUCCACGGACGGAAGACUCGAUCAUUGCUCCCUCGAGGAGUGUUUGCAACACCGACGCCGGCGGAAUGAGCAAGAUCGAGAAGAAUUGAAGACCAAUCCGAUUAUUAAAAAUGAUGCUCAUUACUGGAUUGACAUUGAAGCAGAUUGGAAUCCACAACGUCAACCAUUGUAUCACAAAUGGCUGCUUCAACUAGGCUUGCCUGUCUUUGCCUUGGAAAUCUUGGCUAGGUCACCCGAAACUUGGUUCUCGCAAGUCAUUCCUCUUCCUCGAGCAGCUUUGGCCUUGCUUCGAAUCCUUCCAUCAUCCUUGUCAUCAGAUUCCGACGAGCUGCAACAUUCGGCAGCUCUCUACAUGAGCAGCAUUCUCUUGACUCUGACCACCACAACGGACGCAGUCAAUACAGCUGAUCCCCCACCAUCCUUGCACUCGCAAAUCUAUCAACGAAUGCAACAACGAUUACAUGUGCCAUCUAGUGGUGGAGCUCUCAUGGCUUGGUUAGGCUUUCAUCUAGAGAAGACUUCGCAUGAUACACGGACCUUGCGAUCGUCCGUCUUGGACUUGGACGAAUCCAUGGAUAAGCAUGGUGUUACUUCCGUCGAAGUAUCCGAAAUUCUACGAGCCAAGGAACAAGUCAUGCGUCUCCUAUCCGUUGCCGAAGAACAAACGGAAUGUCUGGAAUCCUUGACCGCCUUGAAUCUGGAGGAAUUGCGUCUGCCACCCGAACAAGAUUCGACCAUGGCUUCCCUCUUUCACGCGUCUCUGCCAAUUUUAUUGGCCAUGACAAGGGCGACGGAACGUUUAGCACUGCGAUUGGAACAGCGGGUAAUGGAUCUACGAAGAAGACUGCAAACAAACGAACAAGAAAAAAUGAAUCGGCGAUUGGGAGUCUUGACGGUAUUAUCGGCUGUAUUUUUGCCAUUAACGCUAUUUACCGGGAUUUGGGGCAUGAACUUUGAAAACAUGCCAGAGUUGAACAAACCGUAUUCGUACCCCUUGGCACUUCUAUUCAUGAUCAUGAUUGCGUUCACGAUGAUUUCCUACUUUUGGAAGGCAGGUUGGUUCCGAUAG